AUGGCCUUUUUUUAAACCAACCACUUCAUUAGCGUCGACGUAAUAACCAACAAAUCAGUGGUAACGGUCGGUAAUUUGACGAGCACUUCAAUCCCUCGACACCAAAGCGACGCUCUAUAACAAGGUCUUGGAGGUGUUUAGCCGCUUGCUCGGAGUCCGAUGGCAGAAAAGCUUCCGGCGGGCCGGAAGGCAGAAAGGAGUACUUCGCCGGCGGGCGGGACGCGCCACCCGGUCUACAAAGGAGUGAGGAAGCGGCAGUGGGGGAGGUGGGUGUCGGAGAUCCGGGAGCCGAGAAAAAACUCGAGGAUCUGGCUGGGCUCCUUCCCCACGCCGGAGAUGGCCGCCCGGGCCUACGACGCCGCGGCAAAAUGUCUCAAGGGAGCGAAGGCCCAGCUCAACUUCCCGGACCAAGCCCACCUCCUCCCCGUCCCCUCCACGCCGGCACCGAGAGACAUCAAGGCCGCCGCCACGGCCGCCGCGAAGCUCGAGACUCCGAGUUCUGCCGCUUCCGCUUCCGCUUCCUCUUCCGCUUCUUGCUCUUCUUCUAGUUGUUUGGUCGUUGGCGAGGAGGCGGAGGUGAAGUCGGAGCUGACGGAUGGGUUGGACGACUUCUGGGCCGAGAUCGAGGUGACUGAACUAAUGAACGGUCGGAUAUCCCCUGUUUUGUCCCGGGAGACAUGGUUCUGGGACACGUGCACCGACGAGAUUUAUCUGUGAGAUCUAGUAUUAGAUAUAUUAGCGUGUCUCGGUGUCCGGUGUAAUUCCAAGAGAGUAGAAGGUAUUGCAUGCUAGCGAUUUGCUUUCUGAAUUCGUGGCACAAAUUUUGGACCAGUAUGGCCAUGGGUUGCCGCAGUCAUGGGUUGCCGCGUGUCCUUUGUUUGAGCGAAAACAGAGGAAGCAAGUCAUUUUAUUAAUAAAGUGUGAAUGUAUAUACAGCAAGUAUAAUGGUCAAGACAUGAUCACGAAGAAGGAGAACAACAAAUAGGAGACAAUUUUUCAUGAACAUCAGAAUCCAUUUCAGAAGAAAGAUUACCCCAAAGCUUGAAUGUUUGAAGUCUCGGAGAGAAUAGCUUUAACUGAAGAUUUUCUUUUUUAAGAAAAAAUAAAUUUCUCUCGAGCCAAAUUUGCCAAUAUAGAGUAAUGAUGAGUUGGUU